ACUUUCCCACCGUUGAGCCAACCAGGCAGGCACCCGGGCACUCAACAACACCAAAACCCCUGCCCUCUGCCUCAACACUUCGAUUGCAACAUUGGGAAUUUGUUCCAGAUGUUUCCUAAAUGCAUAACACUUCACAGAGUGGAUGUAAAGAGGCCGAGGAUUCAUGCCUUCCCUUACCAUAAACUGGUCUCGCAGUCAUAUGUCAGUUUAAUGUUUGAAAGUCCUAUGCCGACUUUAGUUUACAGUAGGAGGAAGAAAUGGCGUGGAAACAGCAGCAGUGGUAGUGCUGUUGCCAACUUUUGUGCACAGGAGCCGGUGAAUUCUAGGAGAAGCGGAGAUUGUCUUUAUGUUGCCAGUUCCGAUACUCUUUCGAGGCAAUCAUGGAGCAGAAGGGAAUUUCUCGAGAUGAACGUGAAGCUGCAAACUGUUAGUGAUCCCCUGGAAACUCUUGAUUGCAGUAGAGGGCCUCACAUUUCAAAGUGUGAAUUUGCUAAUGGAAGUUCUGGUGUGUAUGACCACAGUUCUGAUGAUGUACAUAAAACUUGCAUCAACAAGGAAACAAGGACUACUGGUGUGGUAGUAGUAGUUCCAGGUUGUGUGCAAAGCUUGUAG